AUGUUCCCAAUCACUACCUUAUUUGCGUUGGCAGCUACUGCUUCCGCUGCUAUUUUCAACGAUACAGAUAUCACAUAUGCUCCAUAUGAGGGCUAUUGCCCAUCGUAUAACUCUUCAGCAAUUUACAACACCACUACUCAUGAAGGUUAUAUCCGUUCAAACUAUUUGAUUUCUCAGGAUGAGUAUUCUUAUAUUUCUGCCAGGAAAGUCAAAACUACCGAUAAGUUGAUUUCCUUUUUGGAUAACUUGGAAAUUCCAGAUUACAAUGGAACAUCUUUUGCUAACUAUUUCAACGACUUGAACCAGACUGGUAUCAACAUUGGUCUUUCAUUCUCCGGAGGUGGGUUCAGAGCCUUAUUUAACGGUGCAGGUGAAAUCAUGGCGCUAGACUCAAGAACUACGGGUAACUCCACCUUAAAAGGUUUGCUUGAUGCUUCCACUUAUAUUUCAGGUAUUUCCGGCGGUUCCAUCAUGGUGAAUACAUUAGUUUUCAACAACUGGACUUCGGUUGAAGAUAUUGUCUAUUCGAACGAAACUUCAAUUUGGAAUACAACUGCCCCACCAGUUUCAACAGAAAUUUCGUUUUGGUUGAAUUUAAUCUCUCAAGUCGAGCCUAAAAAGGAAGCUGGUUAUGAAAUUACCUUAGCUGAUUUAUAUGGUAGAAUCUUAUCCAAAUACAUGUUUGAAAAAGAUUAUGACGAUUACGGUAUCAAUACCCUUUACUCAGAUGUUCCAUAUAUUGAGGCAUUCCAAGAUUACGAUAUGCCAUUCCCAAUUAUUGCUGCCUCCGGUAACGUCAACAAUAACAUGAGCGCUUAUACUCCAAAUCUCUUUGAAAUUACCCCUUAUGAGUUUGGUUCCUUUUCCCCAUUGGUUGGCGGUUUCAUUCCAAUUGAUAUUUUGGGCACUCAAUUUGAUGCUGGUAUGCCAAACUCUUCUUACGAUUGUACUUAUGAAUUCGAUAAUGUUGGUUGGUUAACAGCGGCUUCAUCUAAUAUUUUAGUUGCUUUCCAGGAAUCUUUGGUUGCUGCACUUAGCGGUAAUUCUACAGCAAGCACCAUCGAUGUUGUUGGUACUAAUGUUUCUGUUUCAUACGUCGAGACAUUAGUUGGUCUAGUCAAUAAGAACGUCAAUGAUACUCUAUUUGCAGUUGUUGAUAACCCAUUCUUUAACUCCUCAUUAUCAUCCAAUGACUCCGAUAUUCCAUAUGGUGAUCUCUUGAAGCUAAUUGAUGGUGGUUAUUCCGAAGUUAUUCCACUUGACCCUGUUUUAGUACCUUCUAGAGAAGUCGAUGUUGUUUUUGCCUUUGACAAUUCAGGUUCAGAUGAAACCGACAACUACCCAGAUGGUGAUUCCUUAUUUGCAACUGAGGAAAGAUGGGCUGAAGCAUUCCCAGAUGACGUUUUCUACGCAUUGCCAAAUUCAACUGAAGAGUUUGUUGAAUUAGGUUUGAACAAAAGACCGGUAUUCUUUGGUUGUAACGGUUCCUCAUUGGUCACUGAUCAAUAUAACCCUAAUGCAACUGUUGAGUUCAAUGUCAUGAAGCCAUUACUAGUUUACAUUCCAAACUAUAACGCAUCCGCAAACUCAAACAUCACAGGUUUCCAAUUAACUUACGAAGAGAGAAAUGCAAUUGUUGAAAACGGUUUUGAUAUUGUUCAAAAUGACGAUGAUGAAGAUUUCGCACAAUGUGUUGGUUGUGCAAUCAUCCGUAGAAGUGAAGAAAGAGCGGGUAUUGAGAUCUCUCCAUUCUGUGCUAAAUGUUUCAACAGAUAUUGUUUUGAAUCUCUAUCAGAUGAACAGUACGAUAACUCUACCAUCUCUGAAGUUAUUCCAACCUCGAUUUACUCUUCUUCUGCUUUACCAAGCAAAUUAUCUUCUUUACUAACCAGAUCCACAAAUUCUGUUAGUUUUCCAACAACUUUCUCAAAACCUACUCAUACUUCUACCACAUCAGUCUAA